CGCGCGGCGGCGGCGGCAGAGGCUGGCGAGGUGAGGAAAGGGGCGCGGGGACGAGCCCCUAAGUGUUCACAUGAAAACUUCUGCACCAAUCAUCUUGUAGAAGUCUGUGAGAGCUGGACCAUGGACCACUGUAUUCUUUUUUGAGGGGGUUCGUCCAUUAGCGCCAUGCCCGAUGUCUCCAUGAAGCUGAAGUGAGGGGUCCAGCUGCGGGCCCAGCCCUGGCCAGGGCAGCAUGACCAAGCCCCGGCUCUUCCGGCUGUGGCUGGUGCUGGGUUCCGUCCUCAUGAUCCUGCUCAUCAUCGUGUACUGGGACAACGUGGGCACUGCCCACUUCUACCUGCAUACAUCUUUGUCUAGGCCGCAUACCCUGGAAUCCCUGCCCACCCCCGGACAGCAGGAGGAGAAGGAGUUUGCAUCUGAUGUGGAUGAGUUUUUGGAUAAGCUCCUAAGUUCCGGCUCGAAGCAGAAAGACCUUUCCAGGAAAAAGACGGAGCAGUCCUUGCUGGCCUCUGGCAAGCCGGCGUUGAGCCACCUGGAGGAGAGUGUGCGGGGCUACGACUGGUCCCCCCAUGAUGCCCAGCAGAGCGCCGACCAGGGCCAGCAGCAGGCCGAGAGAAGGAGUGUGCUGCGGGACUUCUGCGCCAACUCCAGCCUGGCCUUCCCCACCAAGGAGCGCUCCUUCGAUGACAUCCCCAACUAUGAGCUGAACCACCUCAUCGUGGACGACCGCCACGGGGUCAUCUACUGCUACGUGCCCAAGGUGGCCUGCACCAACUGGAAGCGCAUGAUGAUCGUGCUGAGCGAGAGCCUGCUGGACGGCGGCGCGCCCUACCGCGACCCGCUGGACAUCCCGCGCGAACACGUGCACAACUCCAGCACCCACCUGACCUUCAACAAGUUCUGGCGCCGCUACGGCAAGUUCUCCCGCCACCUCAUGAAGAUCAAGCUGAAGAAGUACACCAAGUUCCUGUUCGUGCGCGACCCCUUCGUGCGCCUCAUCUCGGCCUUCCGCAGCAAGUUCGAGCUGGAGAACGACGAGUUCUACCGCAAGUUCGCGGUGCCCAUGCUGAGGCUGUACGCCAACCACACCAGCCUGCCCGCCUCGGUCAGCGAGGCCUUCAGCGCCGGCCUCAAGGUGUCCUUCGCCAACUUCAUCCAGUACUUGCUGGACCCCCACACCGAGAAGCUGGCGCCCUUCAACGAGCACUGGCGGCAGGUGUACCGCCUGUGCCACCCGUGCCAGAUAGACUACGACUUCGUGGGGAAGCUGGAGACCCUGGACGAGGACGCCGCCCAGCUCCUGAGGCUCCUCAAGGUGGACACGCGGCUCCACUUCCCCCCGAGUUACCGGAACAGAACUGCCAGCAGCUGGGAGGAGGACUGGUUUGCCAAGAUCCCCCUGGCCUGGAGGCAGCAGCUCUACAAACUCUACGAGGCCGACUUUGUGCUCUUCGGCUACCCCAAGCCCGAAAACCUGCUCAGAGACUGAGCCCCUGCCUGAAGGUGCGCUCCUUCAGCUCCUUCAAACUGAGCAAGGGUCGCAGGGCGUCUCCUGAGGACAGGGCUGUCCCGGGUUUUCCUCCCAGUUUGAUGCAGUCGGAAAUGCCACGCGCUCCCCUGGGGAGACCGCCGGGGGAAUCUGGGCCGCAGCACACACACUCCAGUUUUUUUUUUUAAAUAACCCAUGGUUUUGCAAUCCGGACUCAUUGUUUACUCCACAGCCUGUAUUCAUUGAGCACUGUUAAUACUGUUUUGUAAGAUUAAUAUAUUUCAGAUAUUUAAUAUGAAAGUGGGAGGAAGCUGGAGUAAAGCGUGGCACCUGCGCUCUCACUAAUCUCGUGGUUUUUCAGAUCUGGAAACACAUGCAAAGUGGGGCCUGGUGGUCAAGGGGCUCCAGACCUACACACUGCGAUGGAGGAGGGAGGCGGGAGGCAUCUUAAGCGUCUUCAGUGGAGAAAAGGCACCUAAACUUGAAGUUGGGCUGUUUAAGUCAGGUUUUUGUUACUAUAACAAAAUCCCCAAGGCGGAGUAAUUUCAUAAAUAAAAGAGGUUUGUUGCCUCACAGUUUGUAGGUUCAAGGGCCUGGUGCUGGCAUCAGCUUGGCUCUGGUGAGGAUCUAGGGCAGGUGGCAGUGAAGGGACUGUGUGUGAGAGGGAGAGAUUGUAUCAGCAGACAGGAGGCCAGAGCCCAACAGGAUCACAGCCUCAUCUGAGGUUUCACCCACUCAACCUAAGGACCUCCCUCACCCAGACCUACCUGACCAAACCCAGCACAUGGACCUCCGUCAUCACACCCACUCCCAUACUGUAGCACAGGCCUUGCCUGUUUUUGUAGAAGGGCAGCAGACAAAUCCGUCCAGGGUGAAAGCCUUUUACUAAGUGAUGUAUUUGAGCAACCAGAUCUUUCAGGCUUUCUGUUGAGAGGGGUCAUGGGUAAACCGUCUUCGGGUCAGAGUCACAGAGGAAAGCCCUUCUCACUGCAGCCCUCCCUUUAACCCAAGUUCAGUCGUGGCUGUCAGGAUUUGCAGCCAGCAGGGAUGGUGUGCACUGGAGGUUGUCCCUGGGACACGUUUUCUGUGGUGUCCAGCAUUACUGAGGAGAGCUCAGGUGCCACCGUCUUGCAGCCUGGGAGCUUUAGCUCCAGUGCUGUUCACCCUCAAGGACAUGCCUGACUUUGAAUGUGCAGGUCUGAAGGACCCAGCUGGGUGGGAGCCCCAGAGAGCUGAACAAGGAGGCUUGUUCAGCAUCCGGCUCACGCUCCUGGGCAGUUUUAGUUUGCGACCUGCAACACAGGCAUCUGGGUCUGUGCUGCAGCAGCACAUUGGUCUUUUCCUUCCAUCUAGGGAUUGGUCAUUGCCUCCCAGUCCCUGGAGAGCUGGCACUGCUCAGUGGGGCACCAUCUGCAUCUGCCUAGGCCCAGAGGGACGAAAUCCUUGGAGGUUGUGGCUGCUGGGUGCCCUCAGCUCUGCCUCCACAGUGUCACCCAGCUUCCUUUAGAAGCAUCUUUUCUUUUUAAACAGCAGCAGAUGUGUCGAGCAGUCCAAUGCUAGGCAACUUCUGAGUAGCCCCAUGUCGGCACCUGCUGGGUACCCUGCUCACCACAGAGUUGUCUCUGGUGCCUGGUAAGCAGGGCACCAUGCCUAUGGACAAGUCAGCUGCUAAUUGUGCCUUCAAGCCCUGUGGUGAGGUGGGAAUCUUCUGCUGCCAGGCCAAAAGUUGAUCCCCUUUGGGGACAGUGCACAGAGGAGCACAAGGCUUCCUGCAGAAGGCGCACUUGGGCCAGGCCUGUCAGAGGGUGAGGUUUUGACUCUUGAGGUGGAGCGCAGAGCAUCAGGAAAUGUGGGGCUUAUCAGGGGAAUAGAGAGGGUGGCACAAGCUCUACAGUUAAGUGUGGACCACAUAUUGCCUCAUCUCUGCUCUGACACCCACAUAUCCUUGGCAUAUUUCUCUAGGGAGGAAAGAGGUGGAGCCAGCCACGGUGGGUGGUGCACACCUGUAACCCCAGUGACACAGGAGGCUAAGGCAGGAAGAUCACAAGUUUGAGGCCAGCCUCAGCAACUGGGAUUUAGCUCAGAAGUAAAGAGCCCCCAAGUUCAAUCCUUUGUGCCACAAAAAAAAAAGAAAAAAGAAACAGGAUGUGGGUCUAGUUUUGACCCCAGGGCCUGUCACAUGGCCACCACCCUGCCAGGAUGGGAUGGGGUCACAGAUGCUCUAGAGGUCAGGUGGUCCAGUGUGACGUCUGCUUCUUGACCGUCAGGCCAGGAGCCGAGGUUUCAUUGGUAGAUGGCUGCCACAAAUAUUGAUGUUUUGGACAGAGGAAGUUGGGUGCUUUGGGAAGGCCAGUGCUGUGUGAGUAAGGGGAGUGAAGGCAGAGGGGGGCCUGAGAGGCAGGGAGAUAGGUCAAGAGGCCACUGCAGCUGCCCACAGAGAGGGUGCUGGACCCAGCGGAGCUGACCGAUGGGCAAAGGUGCAGCCUGAGGUCACCAGCCUGCAAACCCUGGAGACGGGAGCACAGAGCCUGCGAGAGGGGCAGCACCUUUUCCUCUCUGUGUCGGUGAGGAACAGGGCAGGAGGAUCCAGAGCUACCUCGUUCACUGCUUCCCGUGUUCUGGGGUACCAGCAGGUGCAUAGGAGGACCCCUCAGGCCUGCUACUCUACCCUCUGGUGUGGGAGAGGCAAAAGCAGGUGGCCCUGGAGAGUGUGGCAGGGACCGUCGGCUCUUUUCUUACAAUUGUUUUCAUUUGAUAAAAUUCACAACACAUAAAAUCCAGUAUUUCGACUAUUUUUAAGCACAUUCACUUGUGCUGCCCACAGACUCAUAUUCCCAGCCUAAUGACUGUCCCUGUUCAACACUGCCUCCCUCAGCCCCCACCCCCAGGCCCUGGCUCCCACCAUCUCCGUCCUGUCUACAGGGCUUUGACAAUUCUAGGGAUUUCAGAGAGGUGGACUCCUACAAUGUUUGUCCUUUUGUGAUUGACUGAUUUCACUUUCCAUCAUGUCCUCAAAGUUCAUUGUGUUGUAGCACACAUCAGAAUGUCUUUCCUUCUUGAAGCCAAAUAACAAAAUGCUCUGUUGUGUGAUGGAUCACAUUUAUUAUCAUUUUUCACAGUAUUGGAGAUUGAACCUAGGAGCACGUACAUGCCAGGUGAGUGCUCUACACUGAGCUACAUCCCAGGCUACUUUAUUUUUAUUUUGAGACAGAGUCUUGCUAAGUUGCCCAGGCUGGCCUUGAACUUGGGAUCCUCCUGCCUUGUCCUCUGGAGUAGCUGGAAUUACCACUGUGCCCAGAUAAUGACCACAUUUUGAUCAUCCACUUAUCUGUCUGAUCUUGGGUUGUGUUCAUCUUUUGUGAAUAAUGCAGCUAUGAACAGGGGUGUGCAAAUAUCUGAGUCCCUGCUUUGGAUUCUUCUGGGUCUAUAGGAGUGGAAUUUCCAGGUCCUAACUGACCUGCUAACUUUUUAUAAACUGAGUCAUUGUGGGAAACACAAAGAAUGUGUUCAAUUGGACUGACUGAUAUGUUUGUAUUGCAAAUUAUAUGUCACAGUUUUAGGGUGAGUUGAGAACAUUCUGGGGAAAAAAAACAAGAUUAUAUUUGUGCCAGUU